AUGGCGAGACUGAUUGCUCCGAAGCCCGACGUCUUGCUAAAACACGAUGAGACGAGGCAAAGAGUCGAAGACCCUGUUGAUAGACGGAAGCGGCUGAGUCGCCUACGGCAGAGAGCAUGGCGCGACAGAAAGAAGGCUGCGUGUACACCAUCCCCCAAUACCAGCGCUGGAUGGAAAGGCUAUGGUAUCUUAGUUGCCACUAAUAAUCGCGGGAGCAUUGAAUCAACACAUAAAGCGGAAAAUGCUCAUGCAAAGCCAAACAAGGGCCAACUAAUCCCACCGCUCAUCCCCUAUUCGAUAUCAUUUCCAGCUCAUCAGGUUGUCUUUCCCCUCUCUCCAGAUCAUCGUCUCAUCACCAUUGUCCAGUACAAUGUCCUCCGAGCCAUGAUAUGGAACCUGGCGGCACUAUCCAUGUUGGAUCAGAUUCCGAGUGAAUGCGCCGAAACAUUUGGCGUUCCCGGCCAGAAUAUCAGUAACAAUCUCGGACAGAUUCCGCCAAACCUUCAAUGGACAUCGGUACAAAAAUCAGUAGAUCAUCCCUACUGGAUCAGUGUCAUUCCGUUCCCCGCCAUGAGGGAUAAUCUGAUUCUCAUGGAAGACCGAUACGACAGCCGUGAUCUCUUGCACGACUUGGGAUUAGGGCUGUACGAAGGCCUUGAUGAUGCCGAAAGAAGAGGCUUCUUGGUUUGGGAAGAUCCAUGGCGUUCAUCUGGGUGGGAGGUUAGCGAGGGUUUUGUGAAGAAAUGGGACUUCUUGCUCAAAGGUUGUUCAGUUGAGAUGGAGACAACAAAUCGGUGGAGGGAGUUGCGAGGGGAGGAGAGGUUGGUCGUUGAGGUCUAA